CAACUGUUGUCCUUACUGAUGUUGGGAAAUACUCGAUUGGAAGACUGCGGCCACAUUUCCUUGCAGUUUGUAAACCUGAUUUCUCCAAACUCAACUGCACAACGGGAUUUCAAAAGAACUUUAUAACAGAUUAUGAAUGCACUGGAGAUGAAGAUCUUAUAAAGGAAGCAAGACUUUCCUUUCCAUCAGGACAUUCGUCUUUUGCAGGUAUGAUAUAUACCAGGGAGAUUAGAGCUUGCUUUCAGGGAGAGACUAUACAGUAGUCGUCCAGAUUCUGUUUUCAACAAUAAAAUGCACUGAUUGUGUACAGUACUGUAAGUAACUUCGUUACAAGUAACGGCAUUACAAGCACUGUAAUCGGUACUUUUUAACUGUAAUUUACAGUUCAUAGAAGAAGAUAUCAAAUUAAUACCAAGCGAAAAUCGAAUGUGGAUAAGUUCAAAACUUCAAAAUUACAAAUAUAUGGUGUCACUAGUUUCCGGACAGUAAAAUUUGCUGUGCUAUAUGUUGAUUUUAAAGACUGUUAGAAGGUUGAAGCUUUUACAGAUGGCAAGUACUAUUGUCUUAAGUUAUGAUGUAACUGUCACUGUAGUGUAGCUACAUGUAAGUGUAAUUACAUUUUGACUUUAGUUACUUGUCUGACCAGUGUUUACUGUACUGUACUGUUUUCGUUAUUUCACGUUAAUUUUAAAAUAUUAAAUAUUAAUAGUACUUGCUGUUUUAUUUAUGCUAUCAACUUUUAUCAUGUUAAUGCAUGUCGUCGCUGCUCGCUAGUCGAUAAACUAAUUCACUGUACAAUAACUCCCCUGCCUAUUUGCCGGCUUGCAGUUGGGUUAUUCUACAAAACUUGCAAAAUUAUUUGAAAACAUAAAUCUGCCAUUGCUUCUAUACUGAAAAUUGUUUAAAAAGUUAAGAAGCUUCGAAAACUAAAUCUGAAAUAUACUGCAGACGACUGACGACAAAAACCGCGCUUUGUGCUUAGCUGUUUAUAACAACGAAGGAAAAAUUUGAAAGUCUCUAUUACGAGGGUGAAAACUCACUCAGUAUAACUUCGUCGUGACACAAGGAAAAAGCGGUGAAAUUAUCAACAUUAUAUAACCUCAGCCGUUUUCCCCUAUUUACUCCCGACCUAUUAUUCUGUAUAUUCGUGCAUACUGUACGUUGAUGUACUCUACCGGUAAAAGCCAAACAAAGUCGUUAAUGAGUAAUGAAUGUACUCCAUAAUAUGGACAACAUUAUCCAUUUGACUGAGAUCCCACCUAGCGCAAGGUGAGAUGUCAUUUAGCCAAGCUGGCUCGUUUCUCGUAUGAGGCGCCUGUAAAUGAGUGCAUAUUUACAAUAUACAAAACAUGAUAGGAACAUAUCACAAGGGUAAUCUCUACAUGACACAACAAGAAAACAAAAGAAAACUCAUCGUUUGUUUCAGAAUCGUUUUUUAAAGGAGUUUGCAGAAUUUUUUUUUCCUCAAAAGGAAGAUUAUUCCAAAGUACGGCACCAUUGUAGCCGAAGCACCGUUAGCCAAAUUCGUUCUUGGGCUAAAUCAGUUUCUCAAAGGUUAUAUGUUAAUAUGUGUGACCUGUUUCAUUGUUUAGUUAGACUGCGAGCAGUCCCUCGUUAUGAGAAAAGGAGGGACUGCAGACAACACAUCAAGAAACGAAAUACGCGUUGCCCACACAACGCAAAUUUACGAUUGGUUGAUUGGCAGAUCCCUUUUGUUGAUAUGGUUUAUUGACAGAUCUUAAUUGUAUUGUUUUUCAAAUGUGAAAGUCAACCGUCAAAUUAUGUCAUAUUAAUUAAAUCUCGUAGCAUUUUCAUUCAUACUGUCUGAAAGCGUUUAGUAGGCCUAUGUUAUUUCGAGCGAAUACAAUUUAAUGUAAAACUAUGUAUUUUUACUUGUAUUAUAUAGUAAUACUGUGUAUUUUUGCUUGUAAAACGUAAUCGUCGUCGUUUCACUGCAUGUAAACUUGAAUUUUCACUUUUAAACCAAUACGAUACGCGUUGUAAAUAGUUACUUGUUUACAACGCCAGAAUAAUUAUGUUGGAGCUAAGGGGUGGUGCGAAAAGUGGGCGUAUUUCGUUUCUUGAUGUGCUGUCUGCAGUCCUUCCUUUCCUCCUAAAGAGGGACUGCUCGCAGUCUAUGGCUUAGUCGAAAAGAUUAUUUUAGAUCGUGUGCGGUGUGGCCAUUAAGAAUUUUAUACAUAAAGAUAUCUAUUUUCUUUUUCAGCGUAUUGUAUGAUGUUCUUGGUGCUGUACGUAGAUCUACGAAUGGUACAAUUUGUCUCUCUGAAACUAUUGAAACCAUUUGUGGAGUUUGCACUAAUUCUUCUAGGCGUGCUCUGUGGCUUGUCACGUGUCUCAGAUUACAAGCAUCACUGGAGCGACGUGUUCGCAGGUCUUGUCUUAGGAACAUUUUUUGCGUUUUUCUUUGUAUUGAGAGUUUUAGAACUGCAUCGCGUCAGCACGACCGUAAGUGAAUGCCAAACUAACGACAUACAUAUUCAAGAAUCGGACGAUCCUGAAAGAGGCGGGACCCCCGAUGUUGAAAGGGACGGGACCUCGUGA